AUGUCUUCUUUUGUGAAGAACAAAGAUAAAGAUAAAUAUGGAAUAGUCUUGGAUGCGGGGUCCUCCCAUACAGCUAUGUUUAUUUACAAAUGGCCAGCAAACAAGCAAAACGGUACAGGCAUUGUGAGUCAACACACAGAGUGUCAAGUUAAAGGAGGUGGGAUCUCCAUUUAUGCGGGUAUCAGAGGAGGAGCAGCCAAGAGCCUUCAAGAAUGUAUGGAACAAGCUGUUAAGGACAUCCCAAAGUCUAGACACAAACUUACUCCUUUGUAUCUUGGGGCCACAGCGGGUAUGAGACUAUUAAAUAUUUCUAAACCCAAAGAAUCUGGUGAGAUUUUAAAGGAAGUGGGAGAUAAAUUGAAGACGUAUCCGUUCAGCUUCAAAGGGGCCACAAUUUUAAGUGGACAAGAGGAGGGAGCCUAUGGAUGGGUCACAGUCAACUACCUGCUUGAGAACUAUGUUAAGUAUGGUUUUGUGGGUCACUGGCUGUCCUCAGGCAGACCCACGGUCGGUUCACUAGACUUUGGCAGAGCUUCAACUCAAAUCACCUUUGUGACUAAAGAAACAGUUGAGAACAAGGAUAAUCAGAUGAAUUUGCGGCUGUAUGGGCAGGACUAUAUGAUUUACACUCCGAGCUUUCUGUGCUAUGGGAGAGAUCAGGUCUUACUCAGACUGCUGGCACAUCCGAUUAUGGCAUUUUCUGCAUUCUACUACACUCAUAACGUCUUGCAAGAAACUACAGGCAUCACCAUCACCUCCCCAGCACACUUAGAGAAUUCUGCACUUGCCGUCUGCAACAUGAGCUUUCAGGAGAUGAAAACUAAGGGUGUGGAUAAGGAAGAGCGCUUGAAGGAUUAUUGUGCAGUCUCCAUCUUUGUUCAGGAGCUCUUGGUAAAAGGAUACGGCUUUGAUGAUGUCUCCAUCCCACACAUCUCUUUCCAGAAAAACGCUGGAGGCACCUCUGUUGGCUGGUCCCUUGGCUACAUGCUACGUUUAAGCAACCUGCUUCCUGCCGAAGAUACGUUUCUGAGAAAAGCAUUGCCUUCAGAUGCCUGGAACGCUCUGAUCGCCCUCUUUUCCCUCCUUAUUAUAACAGCUGUAUUUUUUCUGCUGCGUGCUAGCUGUAAGAAAGAAUCUGAUGGUGUUGUUUAAUAACAAACACCAGGCACUGAAUGAAUUUCUACUUCCCAUUAUGCACUGCAAAGCUUUUCUGUCCUUGGCAGGGAUAGUUGGCCAACCUCUACUGUUUACAAUACAAUGGCAACAAUUAUGAUCAAGCAGUAGGUGUAAAUGGAUAAACCAUUUGUAUAACGUUUCUGCAACAUUUCAGAAAUACAUUCUUCAAUCAUAUUUUACAUAAAUUAUAAUCUUAAAAAAUAAAAUGUGCCAGUUUUGCUUGGAACA